ACGCAGCGAGGAGCAACGUCAAGGUGUCGGAUGUCAUAAGUUGCCGUCUCUCUGUCGCCCGACGCGGCCGGGAACGUGAGAUAUCGCUCAAGCCAACCAAAGACAAUCCAGACUCCCCUCGCCAUACGCAAAUCAUCUUGACUAUACCGACCAGAAUGCGCUCGACAUUCAUCAUGAUGAUUGCCACAGGCAUCGCUGCCGGCACUGCAAGUGCAGCUUUGGCUGCGAAACCCAAAGAUUACAGCCUGCCUUGGACGAUGUGGAUUGCCGAUUCAGCUUUCCAUAACGAGCCUUCGUGGCAGUUUGGCGUUACUUACGAUAAGCAGACUGGCUAUUUCACCGGCAUCUCGGCCUGCUCGAUAAUGAUCGGACCGGGCACAGAGUGCAUCGCUACGUUUGAAGGAAGUGGCAAGUCGGGCGCCGACUCGUUCUCCAAGUUUCAUUUCACUGCCCUCGGCCACUGGAGUGCCCAUGUCACUUUCACGUAUGACAGUGCUAAGGUCCUCAAAUCUUGGCAUUUGGGACCCACAGGAUCCGUGGCGGGCUUGCCAAUCGGCCACCAAGCAAUCUUCAGCAACUACGAUGGCUCCUCGCUGAAAGAGACCUGAUCGCCCGAGUGUGUCAUAUGUCACAAUGCAGCCUCUGACGCGCAUCGAUUGCUUGCUCGCGGCCUCCCGCAUGUCAGAAGCAAUAAGUGUCUGGUUCCAAACCCCGCUGUUGCUUUAUCUCCUCUUCUGACUCGCCGU